UCCAGAUCGUCGAGGGAAAUGAUCGAUUGGCCUGAUCUGCCGGAGAGUUUAGAUCGGGUGGAUAUCUCGCCGGAGAAUCGAAUCCGAAGGUAUUUUCCGGCGAGAAUCUUCGAACCAUUUUACUGGCAAAGAUGAGCAGCCACCGCCGGAGAGGUGCCAAGAGCCCCGGCCGAGUCGAAUCGUCGGCGAAGAAGACGAAUCAGAGAUUCGAUCGGCGAUUGGUGAAGUACCAUGAUUUGCCGGAGUACCUGAAGGACAACGAGUACAUAUUGGACUGUUACCGGUGCGAGUGGCCGCUGAAGCACGCGCUGCUCAGCGUCUUCGCUUGGCACAACGAAACCCUCAACAUCUGGACGCACUUUGGAGGGUUUCUUAUAUUUGUGGGAUUGACGGCGAUGAGCUGGAUGGAGAAGGCCGAGCUUGGACGUCUGUUCAGGGCUCCGGCGCGAGGAGGACUGUUGAUGAACGUCUCGGAUAAUACAUUUCCGGACUCGCAAUUGAGGCAGAUUUCAGAGUCAUCUGUUUUGGCUGCACGAGAAGAUGACAGUUCUUUUGAGUCUAUUCCUAGAUGGCCUUGGUUUGUUUUCUUAGCCGGAGCUAUGAGCUGCUUGGUUUGUAGCUCCCUUUCCCACCUCCUUGCUUGCCACUCAAAACGCCUCAACCUUUUCUUCUGGCGCCUAGAUUAUGCCGGCAUUUCGGUGAUGAUAGUUUGUUCCUUCUUUGCACCCAUCUACUACGCCUUCCUGUGCAACCCCUAUUCGCGUUUCUUCUAUCUGACCUCCAUAUCUGUGCUGGGUAUCCUCGCCAUCGUUACCCUUCUCUCGCCUGCUCUCUCAGCUCCUCGUUUCCGCACCUUCAGAGCCUCCCUAUUCCUCGCCAUGGGCUUCUCCGGAGUGAUACCAGCAGCUCAUGCUGUUGCUCUCCACUGGGGCCAUCCACAAAUCUUUGUUUCCAUGGGGUAUGAAAUUGCUAUGGCAAUUUCGUAUGCUGCAGGAGCUGGAGUCUAUGUGAGUAGAAUACCAGAGCGAUGGAAGCCUGGUGCAUUUGAUAUUGCUGGGCACAGCCACCAGAUCUUCCACGUGUUUGUUGUUCUGGGGGCGCUUGCACACAGCGCUGCCACUCUGGUUAUGUUGGAUUUUCGCCGGGGAUCACCAACCUGUACGUCUUAGCCAUUCCACCAUGCAAUUAGCUAGAAAUUGACCCUGGCAUUUGCUCAUGUUGCUGUAAUUGUGUCAUCUCAGGAAUGUAUUGAUAUUUGUACUGAGCUCAAGACAUUGUGAGAGAACUAUUUAGCACCGCAUAUUUUGUUUGUUCUGUCAUACUAUCUAAACUUGUUUAGACUGUAUGGCUGGCUAUAAAGUAGGAUCCAAGAGUGCAAGUGCAAAGAAUUGUAUGAUUCCUAAUUAAUUAUAUCAAUCAUAGAGAAAUUACAUUGAUAUUUA